AUGGCACCACAAAACAACGACAAGCCCGUCUACACCCUGGCUGAGGGAAGGCCAGCAGGAGACCCAACUUCACAGACCAUCCUGCGAGGCAAUCCGCUGAAAGGCGGAGGUCUUGCACUUCUGUCAGACACACAGCUCAUUGAAACACUCGCACACUUCCCUCGCGAGAGGAUACCUGAACGAGUCGUCCAUGCGAAGGCCGCUGGAGCAUGGGGAGAAUUUGAGGUUACACACGACAUAACCAACAUCACAUCGGCCAACCUCUUCAGUGAAGUGGGUAAGAAGACUAAGGUCCUAGCACGAAUUUCUACUGUUGCUGGCGCCAAGGGAUCCUCAGACACAGUCCGCGAUAUCCGAGGUUUUGCACUGAAGUUCUUCACCGAUGAGGGCAACUGGGACUUUGUCGGCAACGACUUGCCUGUCUUCUUUAUCAGGGACCCUGUCAAGUUCCCUUCGUUGAACCGUUCGCAUCAGAACCACCCUCAAACACAUGUUCCUGACUCGAGCAUGUUCUGGGAUUUUCACAACAACAAUCAAGAAGGAACACACUGCUUGAUGCAAUUGUUCGGCCAACGAGGUGUACCUGAGAGUUUGAGGAAUGUCAAUGGCUAUGGAGUUCACACCUACAAAUUUGGCAAGCCUGAGGAUGGCACCUUCAAGUACGUUAAGCUGCACUUCAAGCCUGAUGGCGGCAACAUCACAAUGAAGUCGGAUGACGCCGUACGCCUUGCUGGAGAGGAGCCUGACUACCACGUCAAAGAUAUGUACAACGCCAUCGAGAAGGGUGACUACCCUACCUGGACGCUCAUGAUCCAAGUCAUGGAUCCCAAGGAAGCCGAAACCUACCGCUGGAACAUCUUCGACGACACUCGAAUCUGGCCACACAAGGACUUCCCUCUCCAGCCUGUUGGCAAGCUCACUCUGAACAAGAACCCUGCCAACUACUUCCAAGACAUAGAGCAGGCCGCCUUCUCACCCAGCACCAUGGUCCCUGGCAUCGGUCCCUCAGCCGACAUCAUGCUGCAAGCCCGCAUGUUCAGUUACCCCGACGCCGCCCGCUACCGCGUCGGACCAAACUACCAACAACUCCCCUGCAACCGCGCAAAGUACGUGUACUCACCCUAUCAGCGUGACGGCCCAAUGCGCAUCGAUGGCAACUACGGGGCCGACCCCGACUACGUCCGCUCGUCCUUCCGCAAGGUCAACUCCGGCGGCCCCACCGACGUCGCACACGACGAGUGGAUUGGUUCAGUAGCCAACUACACAUCCGAAGUCACCGACGAAGAUUUCGAGCAGCCCCGCGAUCUGUGGAAGCUAUUCAAGGAGUGGAAGCAGGACGAGAUCUUUAUUUCGAACCUCAGUGGGCAUAUGAAGAAAGCGCUGCCGCAGGUGCAGAGGGAGGCUAUCAAGGUGUGGAGUAAGGUUGACCAAGAGAUUGUGGAUAGGCUGGAGAAGGCGCUUGGUGAUUACCUUGGUGACAAGGGGGUUGACCAUGUUAGUGGUACACCGUAUGGACUGCAGCCGGCGUAUGGUGGUGGAUACUAGGUCUGCCAGGCAUGAGCUUGGAGGUUCUCGGUACCUCGUAAGCUCGUCUCAGAUGGUCGCCUCUGGCUGAUGUAACGAUUCAUAGAUUUUGAUAUCUUGAUGAUCUUUCAGCACUCAUCCCCG